AUGGCGCACCAUACCUCCCGAGAUUUCUUCUCUGGUCCUCUCCUUUCCGGUCCAGCCACCACCGCCAUUGACCCUUCCGAGACAGACCUUACCUGGCCUUUUGGAGACCUCAUCGGUAUCGAUCGUGACGAUAUCCGGGAGACAGCAUAUGAAGUUUUCUUUACAGCUUGUCGAUCCUCCCCAGGCUUUGGUGGUGGCCGAAAUGCAAUUACAUUUUACUCUACCCAUCAUCAUCUUCAUGAUAUUGGAGAUAGUGGAGGAUCUGGGUCACCGUCAGCAUCUGGUUCUGGGUCUUCCGGUGGUGGGCGGAUGGGCAGUGGCCCAGUAGUUGUGAUGACUCCAACGAGCAGGAUAAAACGGGCGCUAGGGCUAAAGAUGCUGAAAAGGUCGCCGUCCAGGAGGAUGUCUAGUGUGGCUAUUGGUGGUGGGGGUGGAGGAGGCAGUGGGGGCUCAGCUCCAGGGUCUCCAAAUGCGCCAUCACAUCAGAGUGGAGGAUAUAGCCCGACUUCGAUGUUUAAUACUGUGCCAGCAUCGAGGCCAAGGCGGCCUCUAACUUCGGCAGAGAUAAUGAGGCUACAAAUGAGGGUGACAGAACAAAGUGAUAAUCGAUUAAGAAAGACGCUAAUGAGGACUCUGGUUGGCCAAAUGGGAAGGAGAGCAGAGACAAUAAUCCUGCCAUUGGAGCUGCUCCGCCACCUUAAACCAUCAGAAUUCAAUGACAUGCACGAGUAUCAUCUUUGGCAAAGGCGUCAGCUCAAAAUCUUGGAGGCUGGUCUUCUCGUCCACCCAGCAAUCCCACUAGAAAAAUCUAACUCGUGUGCUAUGCAUCUCCGUGAAAUUAUCCUUGCCAGUGACACAAAACCCAUUGACACAAGCAAAAAUUCUGACACCAUGAAAACCUUAUGCAACAAUGUUGUUACUUUAUCUUGGCGAAGCCUCACUGGUGCACCUACUGAUGUCUGCCAUUGGGCUGAUGGCUUCCCUCUCAACCUUCACAUUUACACAUGCCUUCUUCAAGCAGUUUUUGAUUUUAGGGAUGAGACGUUAGUUCUUGAUGAGGUUGAUGAGCUUUUGGAGCUGAUGAAAAAGACAUGGUCUACACUAGGAAUCAAUAGAUCAAUACACAAUCUCUGCUUUACUUGGGUACUUUUCCAACAAUAUGUAUUGACAUCUCAAACUGAGCCUGAUCUUCUCUACGCUGCACAUGCUAUGUUGUCUACAGAGGUAGCUAAUGAUGCAAAGAAGCCAGACCGAGAGGCAAAUUAUGUUAAGCUUUUGUCUUCUAUGUUGGCAUCAAUGCAAGGUUGGGCAGAGAGUAGAUUGCUUCACUACCAUGACUAUUUCCAGAGAGGAAAUGUUUUCUUGAUUGAGAAUCUUUUGCCUUUAGCUUUAUCAGCAUCAAAGAUUUUAGGUGAGGAUGUUACUCUCAUGGAAGGGACAGGGAAAGAUGACAGGAAGAUAGUCGAUUCAUCUGGGGAUCGUGUCGAUUACUAUAUUCGAUCUUCUAUAAAGAACGCAUUUGCAAAAGUAAUAGAAACUGGAAGCUAUAAGAGUACGAGUGUGGAAGUGAAAGAUGAGGCUAGCGAGGCUCUCCUCCAAUUAGCUAAAGAAACAGAGGAUUUGGCAUUGAGAGAGAGGGAAAGUUUCAGUCCCAUACUGAAGAAAUGGCAAUCAAUUGCAGCUAGUGUUGCGGCUGUAACAUUACACCAUUGUUAUGGGGCAGUGUUGAAACAGUAUCUUGCUGGGAUGUCUUCGCUCAAUAAUGAGUCGGUUGAAGUAUUGCAGAGGGCUGGAAAGCUGGAGAAGUUUUUGGUUCAAAUGGUGGUUGAAGACUCAGCAGAUUGUGAAGAUGGAGGGAAAACAAUUGUGCGAGAGAUGGUUCCAUAUGAAGUUGAUUCAGUCAUAAUGAGAGUCAUGAGACAGUGGAUUGAUGAAAGGAUGAAAAGAGGGAGAGAAAGCUUUCUCCUAAUGAGAGAUUCUGAAACAUGGAAUCCCAAGUCCAAAAAUGAGCCGUAUGCACAGUCAAUUGUGGAGUUAAUGAAAUUAGCCAAGGAAACGGUGGAUGAAUUCUUUGAAAUUCCUGUUGGGAUAACUGAUGAUCUUGUUUGUGAACUUGCCGAAGGUCUAGAGCAUCUCUUCCAAGAAUACAUCAAAUUUGUAGAAGCUUGCGGAUCAAAACAGAGCUAUGUGCCCACUCUACCUCCCUUAACCAGAUGCAACCGUGACUCUAAGUUUUCCGUGCUGUGGAAGAUAGCUACUCCGUGUAGUGUUCCAGCAGAAGAAAUGCAGCAACAUGGAGCAACAGAAGCUCACCAUCCAAGGCCAUCAACAAGCCGAGGAACACAACGCCUUUACAUCCGACUCAACACUUUGUACUAUCUUCUUUCUCACCUCCAUUCUUUAGACAAGACCCUCGCCCUUGCUCCAAGAACUAUUUCUUCAGCCCGUACACGUCAUGCGAGCCAUCGCAGGCACCGUUCCGCUACCUCUUCUUCUUACUUCGAAGGAGCCCAAUCAUCCAUCCAAUCUGCCUGUCAACAUGUAUCAGAAGUUGCUGCCUAUCGUUUGAUAUUUCUCGACUCGAAUUCAGUCUUCUAUGAAACUCUCUAUGUGGGUGAUGUAGCAAAUGCCAGGAUUAGGCCUGCAUUGAGAACCUUGAAGCAGAAUCUUACUCUUUUGACAGCAAUUCUUACAGACCGAGCUCAGGCUUUGGCAAUGAGAGAAGUAAUGAAGGCAACUUUUGAGGUCUACCUUAUGGUUUUGCUUGCUGGAGGGUGCUCUCGGGUGUUUUAUCGGUCUGAUCACCCGAUGAUUCAAGAAGACUUUGAGAAUCUGAAGCGUGUAUUUUGCACAUGCGCUGAAGGAUUGAUGAAUGAGGAAGUGGUGGAUAGGGAAGCUGACAUAGUUGAAGGGGUGGUAACAUUAAUGGGUGAAUGUACAGAGCAGCUAAUGGAAGAUUUCAGCAUUGUGACUUGUGAAACAAGUGGUAUAGGAGUUGUGGGUACAGGCCAAAAACUACCAAUGCCACCAACAACAGGAAGGUGGAAUAGAUCAGAUCCAAACACAAUCUUAAGAGUCUUAUGCCACAGAAACGAUAAAGCAGCAAAUCAGUUCUUGAAGAAAACUUUCCAAUUGGCAAAGAGGAAAUGAAAAAAAGAUGAUAAUUUUGACCUGUUGUAAAUGUGAGAGAGCUAAUUGUAACAGGAUUCAGUUAAAGUUAAAUGUUGUAUCAAGAUCUGUUAGGGGGUUUGAGAGACUAUUGGCUUAAUUCUUUUGUAGAGCUAGGAAUUGUUAGUAAG